AAUACACGACUGCACUCGUUCCUUGAUUCUGUUCCAAUUCCUCUUCCUACCCGUAGCAACAUCCAACAGUCUAGUUACGAUGCAGUGUCACCCGCUGCGAAUCCUCCAAGCCGAUGAGAUACGGGAGGCAACCCGCAUCUUAGUCGACUCCCUCGAAGGCAUCGACCCAUCCACGGUGCACUUCAAGAACAUCUCUCUGCAUGAUCCUCCAAAAGCUUUGCUUUUACCUCAUCUUGAUGCUGAAGCGUCGGGCGUCCCGUUGCAUCAGCGGCCAUACGUGCCGAGAUGUGUAGACAUCAUCUGGAGCACCAAUGGUGGCAAGCAGGUCACCGAAAGCGUCGUGAGUCUCGAUGCAAAGACCAUCAUUGCCAAAUCACAUCCCAAGCCGGGACAGCAUGGUCCAAAUGACAGAUUGGAAAUGGUGGAAGCCGCUGAAAAGAUCCUCACGAAUCAACGCGUGCUCAAUGCAAUCGACCAACUCAGGCUCCCCAAAGACAUGGUCAUCGCAUUAGAUCCUUGGAUGUACGGCGCAGACCGGGACUCGACCAUAGACACCCCCAAGUAUAUCCAAUCUCUGCUCUAUGCCCGCGCAAAAGACCAUCCCGACUCGAAUCAGUAUUCUUACCCGCUGCCAUUCUCUCCACUUCUGAAUCUGUGGACCGGUGAAGUUGAACGCCUCGACCCCAUCGCAACGGGCGGCAAUGAGGACGGGCUCUCAUACCAUACCGCUCCGGACCCACCAAUGGCACACUUGAAGCCCAAUGACUACUACCCUGGCCUCCUUCCAGAGCCUACUAGAACCGACCUUGCCCCUCUCCACGUCGUCCAACCGGAAGGACCCAGCUUCCGAGUCACAGAUGAAAACUGCGUGAGCUGGCAAAAGUGGCGAUUCCGUGUCGGCUUCAACUAUCGAGAAGGCACGGUCAUUCACGACGUACGCUAUGAUGGGCGUCCGUUGUUUUACAGACUCAGUGUCAGCGAGAUGACGGUGCCAUAUGGCGACCCUCGAAGCCCCACUCACCGCAAGCAAGCCUUCGAUCUCGGUGAUGCUGGAGGAGGCAGCUGCGCGAACAAUCUCGCCCUUGGUUGUGACUGCCUAGGCGCCAUCAAAUACUUCUCGGGCUGGCUGAACGACAACCACGGCAACCCGGUCCCCGCCGAGAAUGUAAUCUGUCUCCACGAACAAGACGGCGGCAUCGGGUGGAAGCACACCAAUCACCGCACUGGCAAUCCCGCCAUCACUCGAGCGCGCAACUUGGUGGUGCAAUCAAUCAUCACCAUCGGUAAUUAUGAGUACAUCUGGGCGUGGAUCUUCAUGCAAAACGGCAACCUCGAGCUCGAAACACGCGCAACCGGCAUCCUCUCCACCUCCCCCAUCGACCCCGGCAAGACCUCCGACUGGGGCACCGUAGUCUCGCCCGGCGUGCUCGCAGCAAACCACCAACACCUCUUCUGCAUGCGCAUCGACCCCAUGAUCGACGGUCCGCUCAACACCGUCGUCCAAGAAGACAGCAUCGCCGUCCCGCCCUCGGAGCACGAAAACCCGCACGGAAACGCCUGGCGCGUGAUCAAGACGCCGAUUGAGAAAUCGUCCCCCGCGGACGCCGCACCCUUCGCGAACCGCUGCUUCAAAAUCGUCAACGAAAACAUCCUCAAUCCCAUCUCUCGCAAUCCCGUGGGCUUCAAGCUCGUUCCCCAGCCCUGCCAGACGAUCCUCGCUCACAAGGACUCCGUCGCUCGACGACGGGCGCGCUUCGCCGAGCACCAUAUUUGGGUGACGCGGUACCGCGACGGGGAUCUGUGGGCCGGUGGCAAGUGGACGAAUCAGUCGUUGGAGGAGAUUGAUGGCGUGGCAGACUAUGCUGCGAGGCAGGAGGAUGUGCGGAACCAGGACCUCGUGGUGUGGCACACGUAUGGCAUGACGCAUAAUCCGCGGGUAGAGGACUUCCCCGUGAUGCCGGUGGAGAUUACGACGAUCAGUUUGAAGCCGGCGGACUUUUUCGUCAAGAAUCCGGCGAUCGGUGAGUGCGGUGAUGUGGCCACGGACUCGGACUGCACUAACGAUCCUCGACAGAUGUGCCGCAGAGCGCGCAAAAGGACAACAAGAGUGUGCUGGUUUUGGACGCGAUGCCGACUGAGACGAUGGACAAAGACGUUGGCAACAGGACAGCGAAACCAUGUCAGUCGUGCGAAAAGGCCAAACUAUAGCCCACCAUCUAUGCAUAGCCAGUGCGCCCGAAUGCUACAACUUCGCCUCCUUCUUCGGCGGCUGGAUCGUGAUAUCCGUAAAUGGCACGUCCAAAUACUGCAGCAUGAAAUGAAACCGAUCACUCCCAAAAAACGGCUCCACCGUCCCAUCCGCCUCUCCUCCCUUCCGGACCAAAUGCCACGGCGCCCCAUACGCUCCCUUCGCAACCAGCCCCGCCGUCUCAUCCGUCAACAGCUUCUUAUACUCCGGCGACGCGGCGCCCGCGAGGAUCGCCUUCGCUUCCUCCUCGCUGAAGUGCCAGCGCAAACACUGCGUCAUGAACUCCGGCUUGCUGAUGUCGAGGUGCUCUUUCCAGUACGCGACCCAGAGGUCGUGGAAUUGGGCUUCGAAGCGCGCGCGGGGGAAGUGGGCUUUUAUAUAAAGCAUGCAGCGCAUGGGCAGGAUGGAGAGGAUGGGGAAGAAGGGCGGCGCGACGAGUUCCCAGCUCUGAAAGUAUCGUCGUGCGCGUGGACCUUCGAAUUUCGUGUGGGCGGCUUUGGCCGGGAGGGUCCAGGGCGGUUUGUUGCCGCUUCCAACGUUGAUGCCGCCUAGAAAGAUGGGAUGGAAAUCGAUUUCAACGCCAUGCUCCGCCAAAGCCUCUCGGUGUCUGGUGAGCCAGGUGAAAGCGUAGUAGGAGUACGGCGAAUUGAAAUCGAGAUACGUGUCUAUUCUGCCUCCGCUUGACAUUGUUGUGAUUCUGAUUUCAACUCAAAGGGAAGAUGAGAGGGGUAGAAGGGUUGUUGCGGGGAAAUAGAGAGGCGUAUGCAGCUGGUAUUUAUCGGUGAAGUCGAGGCCGGGAUGCCUCGGCCGCGGGCGGAU